AUGGAUCCCGAGAACGUAGUACGUAAUCUUCAAUCUCUGAGAAGAUUGUACAGUCUUCUCGAAUCAAAUGCAAAAAAUGCAUAUGUUCCCGAGUCAUAUAAGAUAAAUGAGAACACUCAGUUUCUGUUAAAGAGGUUACUCGAUUUUGCCUCCCAAUCCAAGAUAAUUGCAACACGGUUAGGUUUGUUUCCUAGAACGGAUUUGCACUUUCUAAAACCGCCGAAUGUGGCGGAUCCCUCUGUGACGGCGCCACCUGCAAUGUUGUUUCAGAUCAAUGGUUCUCAAAAUAUGCAACGUGUUAAACUAUUGGAGGCGAAAGGAUCGUUGAAGCAAGAUCUGAGAGUCAAUCAGAUUCAAAGCAAUUCUAGUAAGGAUGGUUUUAAAAAAGAAGUCGCUGAUGCUAUCGAACAAAUCGAUACACAGCUCUCAGCUUUGAGUUUUGUUUCUGGUCGUGUGGGCUCUGAUGAUAGACAAAACAUUCAAGCUUCUAUGUCUAGUGGUGAAGAGGUAACACACUUCGUUCUUUUUCUGUCUACAAGUAAUAGUCGAAGCCAUGAUGAUCUAACUUUGUCAUAUAAUGAUCAGUUUGUCCAGGUCACGUCACGACCGCUACCAUUAACUCCUUUUGUUGUGAGUUCCGUUGAUUUCAAGAAGCCAAGUCAAAGUAACAAAAUGUCACAAAAGAUGACUAGUAUUAAACCAACGUUGAUGGAUCAAGAAACUGAAUCGUUGGACGAUGAUUCUGUUGAAUCAGAACGUGAACAAACACCGUCUGGGACAAGUUCGGCGUUGGAAGACGAUGACGUUUCAGCUGACCAAGAAUCAGAUGGGGAAACAGGGUCAAGCUCUGGCUCAGACUGGGAAACUCAAGCAGAGAGUGACUCUGAGUAUGAGUCAGAAUCAUUAUAUCCACCACAGAGUGAUGAUGAAUCUUCCUCUGAAGUCAGCGCUUCUCCUCCGCCUAAAAACAGAGACACUCCAAAACAGAGGGGAAAUGUAAUGGGGCGGUUUAAAAGAUUAAAGAAUAAGAUAGGACAAGUAUUCCACCAUCACCACCACCACCACCACCAUCAUCAUCACCACGACAAAAACAAGCCAUCAGCUUCGACGACUUUGCAGAGUGCAUUUCACCAAAAGCACAUAGAGAAAUCAGAUGAGAAGAGACGGGCGACGUCAAAAACUAGAGGUCUUACUACACAUAAGCAGCAUAGAGGCCUUACUACACAUUCGCUAAUGGAAGUAUGGAAGAGACAUAGAAAGCACUCGAAGAAACAAAAGCAUGAUCUGCUGCAGACGCAUGCCAAAACGCAAUGGUUGAAAAACUUGAAGAAGCGUCACGGUGGAGGUGUGAAGAUUCCCAAAAGAGGACGUAUGAAGUUGGGAAAAACACAUUUUUUGACCAAAAAUAUUCAAGAACAUGAUGAAAACUAGUUUCGGUUAUAACAGAGCAAAACAACUGUAAAUUACUCAAGCUGAAUGCUUCAUGUCUACUAAAUCUUUUGUUUUAUCUUUAAC